CACUUUGUUCGAGUUGAUGAGUUUUUCCCUUUCCCAGCUUUCUUAACUCAUAGGCUUUUAAAACACACUCUCUCUCGGAGCCUUCCCUUCACCUCUCAGGUUUUCCGAUCUCAACUUUUUCCACAUUCCUGAGCUCCCCUUCUACUCCAUUACCACCAAGGAUCCCUAGCUUCAUAACUCUGCUUCUGUUUCAUCUCUUUAAAGCUGGUUUUUUUUUUUUUUUUGAAACCUCACUCUGUUCUUAGUUCUCAAUAAAUUUUCACUCUUUCUAAGCAUGACGUCAGGUGGUAGCACCUCUUUUUUCUGGAAGGUUUUAUCUGGUUUUCAACUCAUCUCGGAAGGUUUAUCAGAAUCCAAGUGUCUCCUCCCUAAUCUCUCUUGGGUUUUUCAUGUCAGCUUUCAGAUAUAGAAGUCGUGGAGAAAUUUUUCUACACUUGUAUUUAUUUUGAUUUAUUCCCUUCCCCAUCUAAGGCAUCUUUCGCUUUCUUUUUUUUCUAUUUUCUACUGGACUUUCUCUGCACCAUAUUAGAUUUUCUUGGGUAUUCAGCAUCUAAGCCAUAUGGGUAUAAAGCCAUUUUAGUUUUAGUGUGUGAUUCAAGUGCCAGAGCUGUUUUUGGUGGGGACUGAAGGAGGUGUCAUAGAGGCUUUACAUUUUCUUUUAUAUUGUUUUUGGAUCUUUGCUCAGUUUCAGCUCCUAUCUGUCUUUGUUUCAAACCCAUUUCAAACCCAAGCUUUAACACAAGGCUAAUUUGGCUUCCGAUUUUGUUUUCACACAAAGAAGCUGUUCUGGAGUGGGGAGGUGGGUCUAGGGGUUAUGGAGCAGUUGCCUUUGUUUUUUGGGGUGGUUUCCUUAUUCUGUUUGGUGGUUUCGGUUAGCGGUAUUGGGGCUAACUGGGGCACACAGGUAACACAUCCUUUGCCACCCGAUUCGGUUGUGGGGUUGCUCAAGGAUAAUGGGUUUCAGAAAGUGAAGCUCUUUGAUCCAGAUUCAGGGAUAUUGAAAGCUCUUGGCAAGUCUGGGAUUGAGGUUAUGGUAGGCAUCCCUAAUGAAAUGCUUGCUUCUCUGGCUUCCAGUGUGAAGGCAGCUGAGACAUGGGUUGAGAAGAAUGUUUCCACUCACAUCACUAGCAACACUGUAAACAUCCGGUAUGUGGCAGUUGGGAACGAGCCUUUCUUAGAGACAUACAAUGGAAGCUUCCUUACUACAACCUUCCCAGCUUUACAAAAUAUCCAAUCUGCUCUCAUAAAAGCUGGUCUCUCAAACCAGGUGAAGGUCACUGUCCCCCUCAAUGCUGAUGUAUAUCAAAGUUCAACAAAUCUCCCAUCAGGCGGUGAUUUCCGGACUGACAUUCAUGACCUAAUGGUUGCCAUCGUUAAGUUCUUGAGUGACAAUGGGGGUCCUUUCACUGUCAAUAUCUAUCCUUUCAUAAGCCUGUAUGACAACCCGAGCUUCCCUGUUGAUUAUGCCUUCUUUGAUAGCACCUCACCAAGUUUGACUGAUAAUGGGAAUGGCUACUACAACAUGUUUGAUGCAAACCUUGAUACUUUGGUAUGGGCCCUUCAGAAAAAUGGAUAUGGCAACCUACCUAUCAUUGUUGGAGAAAUUGGGUGGCCAACUGAUGGAGACAGGAAUGCAAAUCUGCAAUAUGCACAGCGGUUCAAUCAAGGAUUCAUGAACCACAUAUUGACUGGUAAUGGCACACCAAUGAGACCAGGGCCAAUUGAUGCAUACCUAUUUAGCUUGAUUGAUGAGGACGACAAAAGCAUCACUCCAGGGAAUUUUGAACGACAUUGGGGAAUAUUUUACUUCGAUGGGUUACCCAAGUAUCCGCUUAAUCUGUUGGGGACUAGAAACUCAAGUAAUUUAGUUCCAGCAAAAAAUCUUCAUUACCUGGAGAAGAAGUGGUGUGUGAUGUCCCCGUCGGCAAGCCUUGAUGAUCCUCAAGUGGCCCCAAGUGUGAGUUAUGCUUGUGGACGUGCCGACUGCACAAGCCUUGGUUAUGGAACAUCUUGUGGCAAUCUAGACGCUCGUGGGAACAUUUCAUAUGCAUUUAACAGUUACUAUCAGAGAUUAAAUCAGGUUGACAGUGCUUGCAAGUUCCCCAACCUUUCAAUGAUCACAAAGACUAACCCAUCCACAGGAACUUGCAGAUUUGAGAUCAUGAUCCAGCCUAUCACUUCAAGUGGUGAGCAUCAGCAGAAACUUGGCCUAAAGGGACUCCAGUUGAUAGUUUUAUGUUUAUUGUUUUUUUGACAUUUCUGUAAUUGUUGAAUUUAUUUUAAAUUUAUUUUUGGCUUCUUAUUCUUA